AUGAAUAUACCUAGUAUAGAAAAUUGUGAUCUUCACAAUAAAACCGUCUUACUCAGAGUUGACUUCAAUGUUCCUAUAAAAGAUGGAGAAAUUCUUGACGUCACUCGUAUUUUGAGAGCAUUGCCUACUAUUGAGUAUUUAGUGAAUGCAAGUGCAAAGAUUAUUAUUAUAUCGCAUUUCGGAUGCCUAAAGGCUAGAGACAAUAAUCUGUCGCUAAAAAAUGUAGUUGACACUUUAUCGCAGUUACUAAAUAAAAAAGUGAAAUUCAUUGAUGAUUGCGUUGGUGAAAAAGUGCAAAAAGCAGUGAGUGCUAUGGAUGCAAGAGAUAUAAUAUUACUAGAGAAUCUAAGAUUUUAUAAAGAGGAACAACUAGCAUCUCUAGCUGAUAUAUAUAUGUAA